UUUAAAAUGAAGUUUGCAGAGUCUGUAUGUAAACUGAUGGACUGUGGUUCACCAAUCACAGUCAGAAGAAGGCGACAAGACUCUAGAGAGGAUGUCUGGGGACUGUAUAGUAGCUGUGAUGGAUCUAAUUUAACGGAGUGUAGGAAAUACCUCAUGACUGAGAUGGAUUUUACUGAGAUCACCUGUUCAGAAUCCAUCAGGCUGGUGAACGGAGACAAUCAGUGUUCAGGCAGGCUGGAGGUGAAGUCUAACACCUCCUGGUCCAUAGUGUGUGAAGAUGACUUUGACCAGCAGGAUGCAGAGGUGGUCUGUAGGGAGCUGGACUGUGGGGCUCCAUCAGGCCUCCAGGGGGCGCUCUAUGGAGAAACAGAGGCACCAGAGUGGAGCAGAGACUUCCUCUGUGAAGGUCAUGAGUCUGCUCUCCUGAAAUGUAGAAGUUCACAGCUCACAAGAUGGACCUGUCCUCCUGGUAAAGCUGUGGAGAUCACCUGUUCAGAUCCUGAUCAGGUGAUGUUGGUAGGAGGAGCCAGUCGUUGCUCUGGUGAACUUCAUUUGAAACACCACCAAGAAUGGAGACCAGUUCAGUUACAUCAUAGAUGGUCCCCAGAGUCAUUUCAGGUUGUUUGUCAUCGGCUGAACUGUGGUUCAUUUGUUUCUGAAUCAUACAAAAGAGAUAGAGGAAAAAAACCUGUGUGGUGGAUCGAAACAGACUGCAUGAAGAAUAUGUCUCUGUGGAGGGAAUGUGUGGAAGUGGACGAUUCUUCAAGCUCUGCCCAGAUAAACAUCACCUGCUCAGAAUCCAUCAGGCUGGUGAACGGAGACAAUCGGUGUUCAGGCAGGCUGGAGGUGAAGUCUAACAACUCCUGGUCCAUAGUGUGUGAAGAUGACUUUGACCAGCAGGAUGCAGAGGUGGUCUGUAGGGAGCUGGGAUGUGGGGCUCCUUCAGUCCUCCAGGGGGCGGUCUAUGGAGAAACAGAGGCUCCAGAGUGGAGCAGAGAGUUCCUCUGUGAAGGUCAUGAGUCUGCUUUACUCCACUGUAAAAGUAGCAGUUCAUCUCAGAAGUUCUGUUCUUCUGGUAAAGCUGUUGAGCUCACCUGUUCAGUCUCUUUAAGGUUGGUGGGAACGACCAGCCGCUGUGCUGGAGUUCUGGAAAUGUUCUACAGCAAAGAGUGGAGACCAGUUUAUGACUAUAAAUCAGAGGAAAACUGGAAUCAUGAAUCAGCAACUGCAGUGUGUUCACGGCUGGAUUGUGGUUCUUCUGUGUUCCAAGAAGUCACAGACAAUUCUACACGGAGAGAUGUGUGGAGGAUCGAGUCCUCCUGUUGGAAGUCACUUUCUGAUCACUGUGUCUUUGGUUAUGAUUAUAAUUAUUAUAGUGAGGACAGACUGGAGGUUUCAUGUUCAGAUUCCCUGGAAAGUCCAAACAUCUCCGUCUCUUCCAGCAGUGGGGUCUCCAAGGCUAGAAAUCAGGGGUUGCAGGUCUUCUUUGGUACCAGUUUCAGCAUCAUUUGCUCCUCCCAUCAUCUGUACCAAGGCGGGAUCUUCCAGCUCAUCUUCAACAACUCCACCACAACUCUGAACAACACCCUGCCGGCUGUCAAUAACUCCGCCCUCUUCUCAUUCUUGGAGGCGAGCCACGCCCACCAAGGAGAUUACAUCUGUGUUCACCACGUCCACAUCAACUCCCAAAACCUGACGCUCCAAAGCCAGCAGCUGAGUCUGACUGUUUUAGUUUCAGUUUCUCUGACUGAAUUCAUCAUCAGACAUGUUGUGGUCCUGCUGAUCAUGGUGGUUUCAACAUCUGCCCUCUACGUCUACUUUAAGACCAAGAGCAGGCGGAUGCAGGAACCCAAGAGAAACCGUCCUGUUGAUGAUGGUCCAGCUCUGAGGCCAAGAGAGAGGAGGAGAC